UCACACCGACUCACAUUCCUGUCUGUUUUCCAGGCACUCACAUCUCUCCAUAUGGAUUUCUGUAACUUUUGGCAGGCUUUGCUCAUUUUGGCCAUUCUCGGAUGCUGUUCCGAGGGCAAUCCGCUUCUCAGCGAUAAAACGAACGGCGUUAUCGGUAAACAUGUGACCUUCAAGACAACAAUCACCUCAACACAGGAUUUCCUCACCGUAACAUGGAAUUUCAACAAAGGUCAAGUAAUUGCACCAAUAAUCACAAGCAUUCUAUCAUCCAACACCGAAUACAUUGAUGAGAAAUACGCCAGCAGAAUCAUCUACAAUAAGACGACGUGUGAGCUUCAGCUCGGGCCGCUGGUGAAGGAGGAUGGAGGGGAAUAUACUCUCACUGUAGUCACUCUCUUGGGAAAGCAACUGUCUGGACAGAUUGAUCUUGAGGUUCUUGAACCCGUAACGGACGUUAAGAUUUCAUCGAAUGUACCUGAAGCUGUAGAGUUCAACAGCACCGUGGUUCUUACCUGCUCUGCCAAAGGCUCCUUUACAUACAAGUGGGUGAACGGUUCAGACCCCUUGGUGGUGGAUGGCACGCAUGUACAGCUAAACACAGUUGGCAAUGAGCUAACUAUCGCUGAAGUUCGCCGUACAGAUCUGCGAGGUCCCAUCGUCUGCAUUGCAGAGAACGCACUGGAGUCAGGGAGGAGCGCUCCCUUCAAUCUCACUGUGAGCUAUGGCCCAGAGAAAGUCGUCAUGAUACAGACUCCAACAGAUUCAUUUCUUAAGAAAGGCUCUAACUUAACACUCGCAUGCUCAGCCCAGUCUGACCCUCCCGCUCAGCUCCAGUGGAUGCUUAAUGGGGAGGAGAUGCCUCAGAAGACCACAGCCAGCAUUACCCUCACCAAUGUAGAUGAAACAAACAGUGGAAACUAUAGCUGUGUGGCCUACAAUGCGAAGACCAACCGCUACGUUCCAUCGCUGGUUGCUGUGGUGUCUGUUCUGGAGGCCUUAUCUGGAACAAAUAUCUCCAGCUCCUCAUCACUUCUCAUCGCUGGCAACAGCACGGUCAACAUCACCUGCUCGGCAGCCACUGGAAAAGCCGAAAGCAUGGAAUGGCUGAAGGACAGCAAACCUCUGACUCUUGGUGACCAUGUCAUUCUCUCAGCCGACAUGAAAACUCUGACCAUCGUUAAAGUUGUUAGAGAGGAUGCGGGCGACUACAAGUGCCAGCUGAAGAACAAAGUCAACAAAGACGAAAGCACCUAUAAGAUGGUGAUCAACUAUGGUCCAGUGAACGUGAAGGUUGAUGGGAAGAGAGAGGUGAAGUUUGAAGAACUUGUCAAAUUAACCUGCUCUGCAGAGUCUGUUCCUCCGAGUACAUACUCAUGGAAACUCAAUGGUACAGCGAUGAACUUUAGCCAUGCAGUCAUUACAAUUGAGAAGGCCAUGGUCACGGACAGUGGCCUGUACAUCUGCGAGGCAUUCAACCCCAACACGGGAAUGAUGAACUCAGCGACUCACAAACUUUCAGUCACAGAUGUUUAA